AUGAUCAAUCAUCUUAAAAAAAAAGCAUUUGGAACAAAAAAUCUGGGAUCACAAAUGAUGUAUUGGUGUGAUAUUGAUUCUAUGAUAGCUACAACAGAAUAUAAAUUACCAUUACCAUCAUUAGUAAAUGAAAUUAAAUUUGAUAGUUAUUUAUUCAUUACAUAUCACGAUUUAUUUAAAAAACAAUUAGCUGAUUUACAACAAGACCUGAACAAGAUAAAGUUAUAUCUACGUUUUAAAGAUAAUUUUUCAACAUAUCAUUCGUUCUUAUACAGCAAACGUUUUUCUUGUGCAAGUUACUUAGCGUCUUAUACUGAUAACAAUGAACGAAUCGAGUACGCCAAAAUUAUUGUUUUUUAUUUGUAUGAAAAUGUUUGGUAUUCAUUUAUACAACAGUAUCAACGUGCUGCUAUCAAAUUAUCUGAUUAUCUUGAUAUUCCAGAUGAAUUGAAAGAAACUGUAGAUCUAUUUUAUCCUAUUUGUAUUCUCAGUGACGAUUUUGUUGCUAUUCCUAUGUUGUCGAAAACGAAUGCUUAUCGACGACCUUAUCGUUCACAACGCUCCGCACAAGAAGAAAAAAAGUUUUGUUGUAUUGUCUACAUCGAUGAACCAUCCAAAUACAGCAUUGUUGAAUCAAAACGAUUGAUUGAUAUCGAUGAGCAUGGAUACGGUACUAUCAAAGAGCUUGGUAAAAGUUAUGGUGUUCAUGUUGAACAAACAGGUAUUUUUCUACCCAUCGCAUUGAAAUAAGUCUUAGAUUGUUUUUUAUUUAUUUAGGUACGCAAGAAUCAAUGGAAUGAUAUGGUUAUUUGUUAGAAAAAGCCCUACAAUCGCGAAUGCAUGAAGAUAUUCCAUCCGAUUGCGAAGAGUGGAUGUUAAAAAAUGGAAAAGAGAAUAGAGGCAAACAUUCUACGACAACAACAAUAUCAAGUUCUAAAUCACCACUAAACCAACAACCCUAGAGAAAGUACUGAGUUCAGGGUACCCAUGUACUGAGAAAGCU